AUUCAAUUCCUUUUGAACACAAUGUCAUGAAGGGAAAAAAGUCUUUAAAAGAGAGUGAAGGGGAGACUUUUGUGGUUUUAUCAGCAAAUUUCUCAAAUGCCAUGAUGAGUUUUUGCACGUAAAAAUGCAAGCUUUUUUUUCUUUCCAGCCCAUCGAGCUCCAGUAAUCUCACUAGACACAUUCCUUCACUUAACAGUUAACACGGAUAUAUAGAAACCGCUGAGAACAACUCAAAGCAAGUUCUUUUGCAGUCACCAAGCUCAUGGCCACUACUACAUUCUGUACAUACCUAUUCCUUCUCUCUGUGUCCCUUUCAAUCUUCAAUCUUUGUUCAUCUUCAUCAGAGAAGGACACCCUUCUCUCCUUCAAGACCUCCAUAGAAGACUCUAAGAAAGCCUUGUCCAGCUGGUCCAACACUUCAUCAAACCAUUACUGUAACUGGACUGGAAUAACCUGUUCCAACACACCUUUACUUUCUGUAAUUUCUAUCAACCUUCAGAGCUUAAACCUUUCUGGGGAUAUCUCAUCUACCAUUUGUGACCUUCCAAAUCUGUCUUAUCUCAACCUUGCUGAUAACAUCUUCAACCAGCCCAUCCCUCUUCACCUCUCUCAGUGUGGUUCCUUGGAGACUUUGAAUCUCAGUACCAACCUCAUAUGGGGCACUAUCCCAUCUCAGAUUUCUCAGUUUGCUUCCUUGAGAGUGCUUGAUUUGGGAAGAAACCACAUAGAAGGAAAAAUCCCUGAGAGCUUAGGCUCCUUGAAGAAUCUCCAAGUCCUCAACAUGGGAAGCAACUUGCUUUCUGGUAGUGUGCCUGCUGUCUUUGGCAAUCUAAGUAAACUUGAAGUUCUUGAUUUGUCUCAGAAUCCAUACUUGGUGAGUGAGAUUCCAGAGGAUAUCGGCGAGCUUGAAAAUCUAAAGCAGCUUCUGUUGCAAAGCUCUUCUUUUCAAGGCAAAAUUCCAGAUUCUCUUGUGGGCCUGGUUAGUUUGACCCAUUUAGAUCUCUCUGAGAACAACCUAACAGGUGGGGUUCCUCAGGCUCUACCAUCUUCUCUCAAGAACCUGGUUUCAUUAGAUGUUUCACAAAACAAGCUUUUGGGGCCAUUUCCAAGUGGCAUCUGCAAAGGAGAAGGCCUUAUAAACCUCUGUCUCCACUCAAAUUCCUUCAAUGGUUCAAUACCCAACUCCAUCGAUGAAUGUAAGAGUCUUGAGAGAUUCCAAGUCCAGAACAAUGCCUUCUCUGGAGAUUUCCCCGCUGCCUUGUGGUCAUUACCCAAAAUCAAGCUCAUUAGAGUUGAAAAUAACAGAUUCUCAGGCCAAAUACCCGAGUCAAUUUCAGGAGCUGUUCAGUUGGAGCAAGUUCAGCUCGACAACAACAGCUUUGCUGGUAAAAUUCCUCAAGGUCUUGGCCUUGUCAAGAGCUUAUACAGAUUUUCUGCUUCUCUCAACCGUUUCGAUGGUGAACUUCCUCCUAACUUUUGUGACUCUCCUGUUAUGAGCAUAGUAAAUCUCUCCCACAAUUCUCUUUCUGGUCAAAUACCAGCGCUAAAAAAAUGCAGGAAACUAGUUUCACUGUCUUUGGCAGAUAACAGUCUAUCUGGAGAAAUCCCCUCUUCUCUUGCCGAGCUACCUGUACUCACUUACCUUGAUCUUUCAGAUAACAAUCUCACUGGUUCAAUCCCACAAGGGCUUCAGAACUUGAAGCUUGCUCUUUUCAAUGUCUCCUUCAAUCAGUUAUCAGGUAAAGUACCAUACUCCUUGAUUUCUGGUCUCCCUGCCUCAUUUUUGGACGGAAACCCUGGUCUUUGUGGCCCUGGGUUGCCUAACUCUUGUUCUGAUGACAUGCCAAGACGCCACAUUGGUAGCAUUACUACCUUAGUAUGUGCCCUCAUCAGUUUAGCCUUUGUUGCUGGAACUGCCAUUGUUGUUGGUGGGUUUAUUUUGUAUAGGAGGUAUUCCAAGGGGAAUCAAGUGGGGGUCUGGCGCUCAGUGUUCUUCUAUCCUCUCAGGAUUACCGAGCAUGAUCUACUUGUAGGGAUGAAUGAGAAAAGCUCAAUGGGAAAUGGUGGGUUUUUUGGUAGAGUUUAUGUUGUGAGUUUACCUAGUGGUGAACUAGUAGCUGUGAAGAAGUUAGUCAAUUUUGGAAACCAGUCCUCCAAAAGUUUGAAAGCGGAGGUGAAGACUCUGGCUAAAAUUAGGCACAAGAAUGUUGUUAAAAUUCUGGGGUUCUGCCACUCCGAUGAGUCAGUGUUUCUCAUUUAUGAGUACUUGCAUGGAGGGAGCUUAGGGGAUUUGAUUUCUCGUCAGAAUUUUGAGCUGCAGUGGGUGGUUCGAUUAAAAAUUGCCAUUGGAGUUGCUCAAGGGCUGGCAUAUCUUCACAAGGAUUAUGUCCCUCACUUGCUUCACAGAAAUGUCAAGUCAAGUAACAUUUUGUUGGAUGCAAACUUCGAGCCAAAGCUCACAGAUUUUGCUCUUGAUCGAGUUGUGGGAGAAGCUUCAUUUCAAUCAAUUUUGAACUCUGAAGCAGCACCUUCAUGUUACAUCGCACCAGAAAAUGGUUACAGUAAGAAAGCAACUGAACAAUUGGACAUCUACAGCUUUGGCGUGGUACUACUGGAGCUAGUGAGUGGUAGGCAAGCAGAAGCAACGGAGUCAACUGAAGUUGACAUUGUGAAGUGGGUUAGGAGGAAAGUGAACAUCGCUAAUGGGGUGCAUCAAGUUCUUGACCCAAAAAUAUCAAACACUUUUCACCAAGAGAUGAUUGGAGCUUUAGAUAUUGCACUUCAUUGCACUUCUGUAGUGCCUGAGAAAAGGCCAUCCAUGGUAGAAGUUGUUAGAAGCCUUCAAUCCCUGGAGUCAAGAAGUUGCAUUGCAAAUUUGCAUGAAGCAAAUGAGGAACCCUCACCAGUCUGAAUUUCUGAGUCCCAACUCAAAGACUGCUUUGUUUUUUGUUGAGUCUUUGUAUGUAAAUUUUAAGCUCUGUAUUUCACAUAAUUUUUGUUUUUUCUUCUUUCUAUCUGAUGAAUUGAGAUAUAGGAAUGGUUUGGCAUGAUACAUUCUCUACUUGGCAUUGGAUUGUAAGUGUUGAUCAGGAGUGCCAUGACGUAUUGGUUUAGACACUUGCAUUUAUGAUGCAGACUCAAGGUUCGAGUUGAAGUAGACAAAACCAACUUCAGUGUA